GUGGGUCCGCCGGUUGCCGGAGGAGGGAUGUUCCUCACUCACCACUUUUGAGAAGGGGAUUGGCUUGCGGGCCGCGGGGUAUCGGCCCCCGCGCUCCCACGAACACGCAGCCGCCGCGUGUGCUCGGUAGACAAAAGGGGCUUGUUCCAGCGCUUUGUGCGUUCAGGGGAGGGUCCCCCGGGGUCACCGCUCCGCCGCUGCGGCCGGCCGAGGUGUGUGCGGAGAGGGGCGGCCCUCGCCUGUGGCGCGGGGGGUGCGGGCCGGAAAGAGGAAGGGCGUCCCCGCACACGAUGACUGAGUUUGGCCUCUGAGCCCACUCCGGGCAGAAUCCUUCUGUGGAAGAGUCCCACGGCGGUGCUCACAUGCGAUCUUAAGCCUUCCAUGGGGCUGCAAACGCCCUCCGGCACAGGCUUCCUUGAGCACGUCAGGGGCAAGGAGGGAGGUUGGUGUGGCGCAGGGUGAGCACAGCUCUGGCACUGUUCUGCUUGGGAGUCCUAAGACAAGUUUCUCCGGAGACAGGCAGACAUUCCCGUGAGCCAUCUGGUGCCCACCAUCGGGGCCCAGAGAGAACUCCAGGGAUGGUGUUUGGGAAGUGUCCUGGGCUGGCUCAGCCAGGCAGGGCAGCAGGCAGUGGCGUUUAGUUGCCAGUGCUUAGUUCACUAGUGGCAAAGGCAGAACAAGGGGCUGUUUGUGCCAAAUUUAGCUCCUUGUGAGUGAUGCCAGGGCUGAGCCUGUCCAUCCUAGUGCAUGUGAUCGCCCAGACAUGGGUGCAGAGCUAUUGGUGUCCUGCAGCAAGUGGGGACACCUUUUAUCUCUAGCUCAUCCCCGUGGUGGUGGCAGCCAGGACAGGUGGGCACGUGUCUGGACAGAGGACUGAGGUGAAGGUGGAGCCUCCCUUGCAUGCUCUGCUGGUGCCUGGCGGUGGGCAGCAGCAUGGCAAGGGGUAAACCCAGGUGCUCCACUGACUGCAUGGUAGGACUGGGAGCCCUCACAGACAGUCAGGGUACCCUGCCAGGAAGGCCGCCCCAUGGCUGACAUCUGGGUAGGAGGGCAGCCUGCCUGCACAGGCAGGCACAUUGGGCUGUGCCCAGCCUGGGUAUGGCAUUACAGUGCUAAGAUCCUUGGAAAAAUGGGAGAGCUGUUGGUUCUGGGCACAGCUGUGCCAGGCAAAGCCAUGGGGCAGUGGUGCUCUGGGCAGGAGGCUUGGCUGCCCCUGCCUUUCUCCCUCCUAAGGUGACAUUUUGUCCAGGGGUAGUGGAAUGCCUCCUGAGCCCUGCCCAGCAUUAGGGCUGGAAAGUGGUGCCCAGGGGCAUAUGCACAAUGACUGACCUGCUAGGAAGCCAUGUGUGCUCCCUGGCACUGAGGUCUGGCUGCUGCCCAAAACUGGUCGUGCAGGCACUUUGAGCAGAGGUCAUUCCCUGGCCAGACUGGGAGCAACUGGGCAGGGUGAAGAGCCCAUGGGCAGGGUGGGUGCAGGAGCCUCAGCAUGGGGCCAGGUUAGCUCUGCCGUGCAGGUGGCUAUAGGGUCUUGCCGCAUCCACACUGGGGCAUGGGGCACCCCAGGUCCUGCCCCAUGCACCUGCAUGCCCUGUGCUACUUCCACCACGGAGAAGCAGCUCCAGUCGCUUGCCAGCCCUUUGGUGUGGAGUUGGCAAUCCCUGGCCAUUGCAGAGGCAGGAUGGGCAGAGAUCAGUGCUGGCAAUGGACACUGCCUAGCCCAGCCGGGCACUGCUUGUCCCAGGGCUGCCAGGACUGCACCUACCAGCUAGGGCAGAGGGCAUGGGCCGGGAUCUCAUGUGCUGGCAGCACCAUGGCUAUACUUCCUCUAAGCACAGCAAUACAGGGUGCCAGGUUCAUUUUGGUUGUGGGUGUCAGGGAGGGUAGGCAUGUGCCAGGGCUCAGCACUUCUACUGUUGUCUCCUAUGUGCACAUAGGGUGGGAUAGCAUCCUUUGGGCAUUGAAAUCACCACGGGUGCCCAGACAGGCUCAGUGUGGGGUUGGAAGCAGCAGCAGGGGGCUGGCAUCCAUGCUGGACAAAGGGCCCUUGUGCUGCCUGCGAGGGAAUCUGCUGGGAUGGGACAUUUUUCUUUCUCUCCCCUCCCUGAUGCUCUUGCUCAGAAAUUCACGCGACCAGAGAAGGGAGAAAGCCUGGCCCCACAGAUCCCUCUGUGGUGCCUGGGGCUCAGAUACCUUCUCGGAAGCCUCUUUCUCCCCUGACACGCGGUGGCCAUGGAACAUCCCUUGGGAUAUUCUGGGGGCUGUGCUCCUGCCCCCCUUGAUGCCCCUCUCUGUCACCCAGGUGGAGGAUGGGGGCAAGGCUGCACUGUCCCGCCGGCUGCAGCCAGGUGAUGAGCUGGUGAACAUCAGCGGGACCCCACUGUACGGAUCCCGCCAGGAGGCCCUCAUCCUCAUCAAGGGCUCCUACCGCACUCUGAAGAUGGUUGUUCGCAGCACUCAGGGGCAGGGACGGCGCGAGGGCACUGCCCAAGGGGCAGGGAUCCCACGGGACUGUGCUGGGGCUCAGCAUCAUCCAUGGAGGAACGUGCCCGUCUUCCGGCCCCAUUCCUGGCACGUGGCCAAACUUGCCGAAAGCCGCCCAGACGUCCCCACCAUGCACUGCCCGGCUGAUGCCUUCAGCUUCUCCUGGCCUUCAGGGUGUGAUGUCAGCACUGACCGGAGCAGCUCCAUCGGGAGCAUGGAGAGCCUGGAUCAUCCCAGCCAGGCCUGCUAUGAAGGAGACCCCUCACCCGUUGACCAGGGCAUGUACCACAGCAAGCGGGACUCGGCCUACAGCUCCUUCUCUGCCAGCUCCAUUGCCUCUGACUGCGCCCUCUCUCUCCGUCCUGAAGAGGCCGUGUCCAUUGAUUCGAGCCUCCAAGGCCCCCGCAAAGCCCCUGACAGGCACUACCUGACCACAGGGGCUGAGCCAUCUGCCAGCUGGCACCCUGAGGCGUGGCGGGCACCAGUGCCCCCCCAGCCCCCUGUCAGGAGGGACAGCCUGCGAGCAGCCCCAACUGGCAGAGGGGACAAGUGCCAGGCCUCAGUGUCAGUGGAUAUGCUGCAUGCCAAGGGCCGGUGGAUCUCUGACACCUUCCUCUGCCAGCGGGAUGGGGAAGCAGAAAUAGUGGGCAGGAGGAAACUGGAGCCAUACCCCACAAAAGACUGUCUUUCUGCUGACCAGUAUUACAUGCUGAGCUCCCACCCGGACCGUUGCCCAGCUGAGCCACUCCUGGGGGAGAGCAUGGAGUCUGACAACCAGCCAUACGUGGAUGACAGCAUGCACCAAGUGCCUGAUGCCACAACAGCAGGUGACAACCCAUUGCUGUCCCCUCUCAAGGGCCACGUGUCGCACCGUCACAGUGCUCCCGAGCAACUGCUGGCCUCCCAGUUCCGCUCUCUCCAGCUGGGCACCAACAGCGGGCGAGCCUCUCCAGCCCCUGGUGGGCAACACUGGACCUUGUCUCCGCUGCAUCCUGAGGGCAGCCGAGGGGGAACCACAGGGGCUGCCCAGGAUCCCCCGCUCUGCCCAGAGCCUGGCUGCCGCCCACCACCCUGCCGCUGCUGCCCUGAGCUGCAGCAAGCCUGCGGGCAGGAUGGCCGGGGGGCAAGCCCAGUACUCAGCACUGAGGGGCCAGUGGAGGAGGAGAGCCGGGGAGGGGCCCGGCGGGCUGGAGGUCCUCCCCACCGCUCUGCUCAGAUGCGCCGCCGCAGCGACCGCUUUGCCACCAGCCUGCGCAACGAGAUCCAGCGGCGCAAGGCCCAGCUGCAGAAGAGCCGGGGUCCUGGUGCACCUCUGCCUGGUGAGGAGCCAGUGGAGGAAACUGAGGAGCCCCCAGAGGGCAGUGUACUGGCAGAGCGACAGCCUGCCCCGUCUGGGUGUCACAGCCCCGCACCGAGUGAGGAGAGCAGGAACUCUGGCCGCUCUGCAGAUCGGGGCAUCCCCACUCCUGACCCAGCCCCUAAAGGGCCCUUGUCCCCUGAGCGGGUGGUGCCAACAGCCAGGGGCCGCUGGCGCUGGUCCCCGGAAAACAAGCUGCAGCCACAACACUCGCCCAGCCACAGUGAACUGGAGGGCUACAGCCAGGGCCCGGCGGCCUGCAGCUCCCCACCACCACGGGGCAGCGACGAAGCAGUCCUGCUGCCCUUUGCCGACCGCCGCCGGUUCUUUGAGGAGAGCAGCCGACUGACACCACCCCGGCACAGCAAGCCACCAGCAGGUGAUCCCAGCACCUUCCAGCCCCCUGGCCCUGAGCACCGGGAUGUCCGCCGCCUCUCUGUGGACCAGCCCUACAGCCCACCCUCACCCAGCCGCCCUGGCUCCGCUGGCCCCUAUGCUGAGUGCUGCCGGGAGCAGCCCCACUGCUACAAGCCACUGGGGAGGCCAGGGGAGCUGGAUUACCUGUGGGGCUUUUCCUACCCCUACGGGGUUCCCCUGCGCCCUGAGCCCUACCACUACUGUGGAGGGGACCUGUGCCCGCCACCACGGCCCCGUGGCCACACAUGCCGCUGUCACCCUGUGUCCUGGGUGCGCUGCCCUGACUGCUGCUACCCAGCUACCCAUCCUGGGCGAGAGGAGAGUGAUGCCUGGCCCCUCCGGAGAGCUUUCGUCCCAGAAUUUCCUCAGGGUGAGUGGGAACCACCUUCAGUCACCAGGAAAGUCAGCCAGUCCAUCAGUGAGCUCUCCAGCUACCCGCCCGGUUUCCCAAGGCUUGGCCCAUUCCACACCUGCCUUGAGAGCACUGAGCCAGAGUGGCCACCCUGCUACCGGGCCACAUCCACGCAUGACCUUUUGUGGGAUAGUGACCGCCUGGCCCACACUCCUGAGAGUCCCCCGGAUCCGCUGCACCGCCCACUAAGGGGCAGAGCCUUCUCUGAGAGCCAUCUCAACCUGGAACCUUCCAGCCCCUGGGGCUGUGACCAGAAGGACCUUUUCCGUGCCAAGCUGGACCCUCCCAGCAUCCCCAAAAAGAAGGGCCCCCCACCUCCCCGCCCACCUCCGCCCAACUGGGAGAAGUACAGACAGCGUCGGGCAUCCCAGCACCCGCCAGAUGGUGCUGGGCGUGGCUCUGCCUUCUCUGCUGCCCCAAUGCCAACCCGCAGCAUUGCUGAGGCAGUGAGGGAGCGGUCACAGAGCCUCACCGGGGAGCAGAAAGGCCAGUCCUGGGGGCACACUGCUUGCCCCCCUGCUCCGUCAGGUGCCUGGCCCCGACCUGAGGCCCCCAGAUCACUCCGCAGGACUCCUGGGCCUGAUGCUGCCAACGCGGAAAUUUGCAGGGUGUCAGGAGCCGGGGAGAAGCGGACAAAGAUGAAGCGGUCUGGGGAGAUGGAGGAGCAGCCCCAAAGGCUCAUCCAGAACCAGGAGCAAGACCGUGCCAGUCCCCGUGGGGUGGGUGAGUGCUCCCUGUCCCUGCCUUGUGGCUCUUGCCCUGCCCUGCCGGAGGCACUUAAGCCCAGUUCUGGGGCAGUGGAGGGGGUGAGCUGCCAGGGCAGCUGGCCCCAGCCCCGCUGCAUGGACUCUGAGGAACGACUGUGGGACGUGGCUGUCAGGGACCAUUCCCUGGCCAGUGUCCUGGCCCCCUUGGCUUCCCCUGGCACCGCCAGUGAGGUGAUGGGUGAGCUGCUGGUGGCUGGGGAGCGACCGGCCUGGCGGAAGUGUCUCCAGCAGGACUGGCACCUGGAGGCCCUGGCACAGGACAGGCAAGGUUUUGAGCCCAUCUCGCUGCCUCCCAGGAGUGCUGCCAGCUCCAGUUCCUUCCCAGUGCACUUUGGUGUUGCAGUGGGCAAAACUGAGCCACUCAACAAGGUAAAGGCGCUGCCGGAGGUAGUGGAGGGGAGCUCGGAGGAUGAGGAGGAGGAGGUGGACCAUGAGCUAGUGGAAAAGAAGCUGCAGCUGAUCGAGAGUCUGAGCCGCAAGCUGGUGGUGCUGCAGGAGGCACAGCGGGGGCUGCAGGAGGACAUUAGUGCCAAUGGGGCACUGGGUGAAGAUGUGGCUGCUCGCCUGCAAGCCCUCUGCACCCCAGGGGAGUUCGACAAGUACCGCCUCUUCGUGGGUGACCUGGACAAGGUGGUCAACCUCCUGCUCUCCCUCUCGGGUCGCCUGGCCCGGGUGGAAACUGCCCUGGGCAGCCUCGGGCCACACGCCCCUGCUGAGGACAAGCUGGCCCUGCGGGAGAAGCAGCGGCUGUUGGUGGCACAGCUGGAGGAUGCCAAAGAGCUGAAGGAGCAUGUGGGGCGGCGUGAGGAGGCAGUGGGUGCCAUGGUGGCACGGUACCUGCCCCCUGAGCACCUCCAGGACUACCAGCACUUCGUCAAGAUGAAGUCAGCCCUCAUUGCUGAGCAGAGAGAGCUGGAAGAGAAGAUCAAGCUGGGCCAGGAACAGCUCAGGUGCCUGCGUGAGAGCCUUGGCCAGGCCUCCAAGGACUGCUAGCCCCCCUACCCAGUCUCCCUCUGGGAUCCUGGCUGUGAUCCCAGAUUGCUACCAAAGAGGAUCCAGCCCCUUGUGGAUUCUCCCUGUGUCUGUUCAUCUGUCCAGCCCCUGCCUUUUAUUUAUUUUUCUGAUUUACCAAGCAGGGGAGGGGGUUGCCAGUCCAGGUGCUGACAGGAGUUGUGCCACAGAGCCGUCAUGGGCUCUGGCCAUUCAGCAGCCUGUGGCCCAGCAAGACCAGAUGGAUGGAUGCUACCACCACUCUCAUGGGUCUUUCUGUGCCUAUGAGGUCCCUCUAGCUUGUCCUGGACACCAGUGCCUGUCUUGUAUCUGGUGCUGCACCACAUGCCUUAAACAUCCCCCAGCUACUAUUCAUGCAGCAUCUGAAAGGGUUAAACCGUGCUCACCGGCUGUCCUGUCUGUUUGCCCAGCUCUGUCCAUCUGUGUGGGGGGGGGAGCUGAAGGAAUUUCAGCCCCAGCAUCCUCUUCCUCCUCAUUGUGUCAGAAACAAUGGUCCCGGCCAGCAGAUUCUUAACCCACUCCCUGCUGGCUGAGGGACCACAGGGGGCCGAGGUGAGUGCCAGUAGGUGUUGUGUACCUGUGUCUUGGGAUGGUACCCUGCCAGGGCAUGGAUGCUGGGACAAAUACACUGAGGCCUGCACUACUCUCUGUCACCAAUGCUGUGGGCAUGGAGACAACUCAGCCUCAACCAGCCCUCACCUGUAGCUUCUAGCUCAACACCAGGAUUAAUAGAGGAAAAACCACAUUAAGGACAAAAUGGGGUACCUGUCCCCUCCUUUCUGCUGUAACAGCCACAAAUAGCACUUAGAUGUCACCCCUGCCACCUGUCUCCAUGGCAUGAGCAGGUGCCUUCAUACUGAUUUUGCGCAGGGGUUUAAUGCAACCAGCAGGAGCUUGGGGCAGGGGGGUAAACGUUUUGGGGAGGCACGUAGGCAGCAGCGCUUUGGUGUGGCCCCAUAGCUGGACAACCCAGCCCAGGGUUCAGGCAGCAUCCAUGCCUGCCUGUGAGCUCCAGCAGCAGCCCUGCUGUGUUGCUGCCCCUGCUCUGGGCUACCCUUUAGCCUGUUAAACACUACACUUCACACUUGCCUGGCUGUACUGUGGGAUGGUGCCUGGCAGGAGUGGGGUCCUCAACAUUCCCUCCAUCUCAACCACCCCAGAAUCAUUGCUAGGACCAAAGACUGCACCCCCUGGUGGCCAUGCUGCUCUCGUGGUGGGGUUCAGCAGCCUUGCCUGCAUGUUGCUGCAUGCCAUUGUAUCUCUAACAGUAAAGCAGCAGCAGGAGCUGCACUUCUGUUCCA